AUGCGGUUUAAAUCCGCUAUAUUAAAGUUAAAAGACCAUUAUAACAAGAUGUCAGUAUCUCAAGAGUACAAGCUUGCCAAAUCACUUGUUUGGAGUGACCAAGAGUUUAGCUUAGCCGACUUUGUCAAACGGUACGAGCUACCCCAAGUUGUAUUAGUCCUAGUCGGUUAUUGUGGUGUUAAUGAACGGACGACUUUCGGUAGCGGUCAAAUUCUGACUCUACAUACUUUGCGUACAACCAGUAAAAUAGUAUGCCAGGUUCCUCAUGGUAAUGCAGUGGUGGUUCCUACAAGCUGUCCGCUUAAAACUGAGGUGAUACCUAUGGACUGUAGGGACACGAAAGUGACCGCUUAUCAAUUGUCUACAACAUACCAGAAAAUCAAGUACGUUAGAGUUAUGGAAAUUGGCUCAACUUGGAAUAAUAAUUCGUUAGAUACUUUAAAAAUCAACGAUAUCCUCCAGAUUAAAAAAAUCGACACCGAAAACGUCGUGAUACGAUGUAAAAACCUCACAACUGCACAAGAUAUGGCGAUUCUAUUUUAUUCCACUGCCGUCUUUGUGCCAUUGUUGGACUCAAAUACCUACAACUUGGCUGAGAUUCAGAACAAAUUCGGACUGCCAGCUAAGGUUCGCUUUUUGAAUAAAAAAGCAGAAAUUCAAAUGCAUUCAGUACCUGGAAAGAGAAACCCUCCGAGGUCUUCAACAUAUUUGUCAGAUUUGGGUCAGAUGAUAGCCAUUGAAGAAAUACAUGAAAGGGACGUAAUUGUUACGACUGUGUGUUCCAACCUUGAAGAGAAGGUAGGUGCAUAUUUACUGUUUUGUUCUAACUAAACUAACUUUAUUUUGGCCCAACAAGGAUAAUAUUAUUAUUCCAGUGUUACAACAGAAAGAAACGGAAAAUAAACUUUAUAAUUUAUUUAUACUGGAUAACUGUAUAAGUUCUGAACACUUCUCCCUGGAGGUCUGGUAAAUAUACAGUACUCCUAAAGGCCAUUUCAUUGAAAGAUCAUUAAAGAUCCUGGCAACAUUGCAAAUAAGAUCAUGGUACAAUCAUUGCGAGAUCUUGGGGAAAUCUUGGCCGGACCUGGCAAGAUCUUGGCAACAUUGUAAUAAGAUCAUGAUACAAUCAUUGCGGGAUCUUGGUGAAAUCCUGGCAGGAUCAUGGCAAAAUCUUGACAAGAUUGUAGGGACCUUUAGCGUGUAGGACGGCAACGCGACGACGAUAGCCAAAAUAAAAUCCUUGAAAUAAAUAAUUUUAUGGAAAACUUGUCGUGUAAUAUCAUUCGUUAUACGAAGUUAACACAGUUUUAGGAGGUUAAGACGGAGGUUCGCAUUUAAGAAGACUUCUACUAAGCCAGUUUGCCGAGUACCACUUCUCGCGCGUUGUAUACAACUUUAUUUAUACUUAGAACUUUGUUUAUACUUGACCUAGAACCAAUGAAAAACCAAAUGUAGCUCUUUAAAGGAAGUGGUCAUCAAGCCUAGUGAUACUUUACAGAACUAAUGCAUGCAUGAUUUCAAUGGUCCAUUGCACGAAUCAGACUUUAUUUUAAAACACAGCCAUAACAAUGGUUCUACUAGACCGAUUUUAAUAAUCAUAUUGUGAAAAUUAAUCUCUUCGAUUACAUUUUCGAUUCCCAUUCCUACUCACCCAGGAAAAAUUGCCGCGGAAAGAAAAUUUUGAAAAAUGUGUUAAGCCGACGCAAAUUUUCCGUCGGAAAAAAUUUUGUUGAAGUUGAAAAUUUUCAAUUUUUAACAAUGAUAUUUUCGGAACAUUUUCUGUCCGAAAUGGGCCUUGAGUGGAAAUGGGCCUUAAUAAUUAGCUGUGUAAAACUCUGGAACGUACCUAUUGCAUUUUUUUUGCACAUCCUUUAUAUUUUAUCAAAUUUCAAUCAUUCUACCAUUUUAAGGUAUGCCUGAAUGUUCCAACGACACUCGACAUCAUAAUAACAGUGGCCGAGGGAUUUCUACGGGGUGAAGAAACCUACCAAAGAGUUGUCAAAACCCUAGACAAACAAUUAAACCGCACAAAUCGCAAAGCUUUCGACGACUUGGACGUCUACGAACAUAUGGACGCGGUCAAAAAGACAAUGGAGGAAAUGGUAUUUGUUGAAGACACUUCAACGGAAGUCGUGGAACGUGCUCGGGAACAUUUGCAACAUGUUGAACGUAAAAAGCCUAAGAAAUUGUCCUCGUUUGAAAGGCCACCAAAUCAUCCGUCCAGGCGACUAGAAAGUGCAAAACAAAAGGUAACUAGAGGUCACUCAGAGAUUGCAUACCUCCGCCAGCGAAUAUGUAUCAUGAAUAAAUUAUACAAUGGGUCAAUUACGUAUUCAGUUUACUUCACCAGACAAGCGUUUGCUAAUUUCUCAUGGAAUUUUCAGUCUUGUAAAUAUAGGAUAGUAUUUAUUUAUAGCCAUAUCCUUUAACCAACCAACCAACCAACCAACCAACCAACCAACCAACCAACCAACCAACCAACCAACCAACCAACCAACCAACCAACCAACCAACCAACCAACCAACCAACCAACCAACCAACCAACCAACCAACCAACCAACCAACCAACCAACCAACCAACCAACCAAACAACCAACCAACCAACCAACCAACCAACCAACCAACCAACCAACCAACCAACCAACCAACCAACCAACCAACCAACCAACCAACCAACCAACCCACCAACCCACCAACCAACCAACCAACCAACCAACCAACCAAUCGAUCAACAAUCAAUCAAUGAUGUAAUCUAUCUAUAA